AUGUGGCUUGGGGGUGGUUUGAACCCCGAGGGGUGGUUCAAACUGAAGAUCAGGUCGGGGCAGAUCAUUGAGGGAUCUGUCCGCGACGAUGAAGGAAAGCCUCAAGGCACGGUGCUGUUGCGUGUCCUCAAGGCGGUCGAACUGGACACUACGGGGCACUGCUUCACAGGGGAGUUCCUGACGGCCUCUGAUCCGCACUACCGCUGGUGGAUGAAAGAAGGCGAGGGCAAAGGACUGCGAAAGACUUGCCAUUACCACUCUUGUGGAGUGCGAGCAGAUCAAUGCCCCUACGUCCGUGGGCGCAGCAAGGUCGUGCACCUGGAAAGGAUUCGGGUGAUCAGCAGCAAGGAGUGGAAGGCAGGAAUCCCUGAGUGGUGCUUCAAGCAGCCGUGUAAGAAAGAUGUUGAGGCUUUCCAUGACAGGUUCAAGAAUGAAAAAGAAGGAGAGCCUCAGGGCAUUUUGUUACCCUGGGCUGAAGCCGAGGUGGACGAAGAGUCCAGUCCUGAGGAGUCAGAAGGCGAGGGAGAUGAUACCGCUGCCAAGAUCGCCAAGCUCAAAGCAGAGUUGAAGGAGCUUGAGGCCAGGCCGAAGACGGGAAGAGAUAAGAAGAAGGGAAAAAAGAAGAGUAAGAAGCUGGAGGAGGCCAAGAAGGCAAACAAAGAGGCCAAGCGCCGUAAGGCCAAGAGCUCAGGUGACUCUGGGAGUGAGGCUCAGAAGAAGAAGAAGAAGAAGAAGAAAGCCAAGAAAGACAAGAAGGCCAAGAGAGCCGCCAAGGCCUUGAGGAGUUCCAGUGACUCCAAAGACAACAAGGCCGAAGGUGUCAAGAGGCGCAAGAAGGGACAAGAAGAGAAAGGACGCGGCAGCUCACCUGGGGAUGAUUCAGAUUCCUCAGAGGUAGAUGAGCUAUUUCAGAGAAAGCCAUCAAAGAAGAGCAGCAGAGACAUCUACCCGAAGCACGGUGAUCGAGGACCUUUUGGAGCUGGCGUGGCGAUGGAGUUUGGAGGAGAUGAUUCUUCAGAGUCUGACGCAGGGUCAGUUUUUCGCGAUGCCCCCGCUCCGCAGCACAAGUCAGGGCAACUGGCUCUGAUGACCUACAGCCACAGAAAGCCGGGCAGGUUGGCGGCCCGUUUGCUGAUGAAGAUGAGAAACGAAGUGGCUAUGGGCGCAGCGGGGGCUCCAAACGACCCAAGCGAGAGGACACCUCCGACAGGAGUGCAGUAUCUCCGCACAAUUCUUCUCCCCCAGCUGGGGUCAAAGGCCAACCUGAGGACGCAGAGGGAGUUACGCACCCUGAUGGUGUCGUUGGACUUGCUGGCAAGGAACUGCCCGGCAAGGGCAGCAGACGUGAUCUGCCAGAGAGUGAAAGCGUUGGAGAAGGCCAGCAACGAAGGAAGUUGGACCAGCGCUCAAUUUCUGGAGUUGAUUCCAAACGAGAACGCCAGCCUUCUCGAAAGGGACGAGGAGGUCUUCAUCAACAAGGAGGCCCUCUUGGAGCAGAAGUUGAAGAAGAAGGAGCAUCCAGGUCCCGGGAAAGGAGGAGGUCCCCGCCCGGAUCGGAAAGGAGAGAAGGGAAGAGGCAAGGGCCCGAAAGGGGAGGACAGCCAGAAGGGCCGAGGGAAGGACGGUCUUGGGACAAGUUUGGAGGCUGUUGCCAUCCAUGGGGACACCAUUGGGGAAGGACCCGCGGGUUGGAGCUUCUUCCUCUUAACCCCAUUGCUGUCUGACAGGUUCAACUUCGAGCCGGCCAUCCAGGAGGCGCUGAAAUUGCUGCUGCAUGUCCUGAACUACUUGUCAAUGGGAGGACGUGACAACCCCACUGCGGACUUUGCCAUCCCUGACUCCCUUUCAAGUGGCCAGGUUUGUAUGUUGGAGCACCUGGGCGAGAGGCUUACUGACCUGGGUGAAGAGGCGACCCAGUGUGCCAAAGUCGCUGAGAGCAGCCUGAUGCUAGGCAAGGCCAGAUUCGACUAUGCUGGAGAGCCAUUGCAGGUCAUGGAGCCCCUCAUUGCCGACAAGGUGAUUCCAGUGUGGCCAAAGAUUGGGGAAUGCGUGGUCCAACCAGUCACGGACUUUUUACCGUCUGAAAUGGCCGAGAUGUUGGAAGAUCCUGCAAACUGUUUGAAGCCCCCUUGGGAGUGGCCGGAAGCUCCCCACAAGAGCAAAGUUAUGGCAACACAAGAGGAGUGGGACAAGAUCGUAGCGGCUGGUCACGCCCGAGGGCUGAUGGUAGCAGUGGCGCAGGAUGAGGUCUUCAGAGACAGCAUGGGCAACAUGGUGCUCAACGGUGCAGGAGGCGUUCGGAAGGUCAAGAGGAUUGGAGGAGAGGAGCGAGUUAUGCAGCGCUUUAUCUCCAAUUUGAUUCCCUCCAAUGAGUACCAGGCCCAUCUGGGCGGGGGAGACAAGUUCCUGCCGUACUUGGGUCAGAUAUCACUCUUCCAGAUGGAUGACUCCGAGAUGAUGCUGGUAGAUUCGGAAGAUUUUUGCUCUUGCUUCAACUUGUUUUCCUUGCCGGAGCCAUGGAGGAGGUACAUGUGUUUUGAGAAGACCGUGGACGGUGCGGUUUUUGGUCUUACCCCGGGAGUCCGGGUGUUCCCAGCCAUGGCGGCGGUCCCAAUGGGCUGGCUCAAUGCGGUCUCCGUGAUUCAGUCUGUGGUGAGGACUCUAGUGUUUGAGGGCGCCAGCGUGCCAGAGGACAGUGAGGUGGCAAAGAUCAAGCGCAUGCCCACCACUGAUGAUCUUACUGUCAUCUAUUUGGAUUCGUAUGAUGAAGUCCGCCGUCUUGAUGCUCAGUGUGCGGAGGCACUGGAAGGAAAAGCUUCUGCGCGGCAUCUACGCUUCAAGAAACUCUGUGAGGAGAAGGGCCUGCCCCUGAAUGACGCCAAGCGACUAGUGGGAGCGACGCGGGGCUGCCUUCAAGGAGGAAUGCUUGAUGGCAAGAAAGGCUGGUACAAGCUAGCAGGUGAAAAGCAGGUCGACCUUAUCAGCCUAGGAAUGAGCAUGCUUACCCUCUUUGAGUGGAAAGAAUUUGAGAUCAGACAUUUUGUUGGAAAGGCAACGUUUGACCUCUUUUGUCCAUCAUGGGGUCUUGAUGAAGUGAUCAUGCUCAUGGCCACCACCUGCCUUAUGGGGUCUUCAUUGAGGGCGAAGUUGGACCCGGAGAUCAGUUGUUCUGAUGCCUCACCCACCGGUGGUGGUGGUGCAGUUGCCACUGAGUUCAUGCCGGAGCCCUUCACGGUGCAACAUGAAGGCCAGGAGUGCUGGACCUGCGACCGGCAGUUCAGGCAUGAGCAGAGGUAUCCUUGCCCUGCGAAUUGCCGGGCAGCCUUCUGCAGUCUUGAGUGCAUGUGGAAGCACAGGGAGGGGCGCACCAAGAUGGAAAGCCUCACGGAUGAUCCGUGGCUCUACUGUGAGCAUUGGGCGCCAGAGCAUGUCAUGGGCUUCAGCAACCUCAAUGGUGAGAUGAAAGCCAGACUGCGGCGUUCCAACAGCAUGGCCUUGCGAGCCCUGAAAAGAGGAGAGGUCACAGUGAAGCAUCGGUCUCCCCGCCACUGGACGCUGGAGCAUCCCUAUGGAAGCUGGCUCUGGGAAUUCACUUUGGUGAAGAAGCUUGAGGCGGAGGAAGCAGAGUAUCCGUGGAGUUUAUGUCUGGCCUACGCACGAGGCCUGAAGGCGCAGGUGGAGAAAGAGAAAGUGUGGGCCAUGGCCUACCAGGAGGCCAGGGAGGGCUGGUAUCAGAACCAGCUGGCCAAGAGUACCCAGCGACUCCAGAGUGAAGAAAUUUCACGGCCAAUGGCGAAGUUCUUGGCUCGUUGGGAAAAGGAGAUGAUUCGAGGGGAGGAGCUGACUCACCUCCGCCAGGAUCUUUUCUUGUCAGCCUCAAUGCGAGGAACUGGCAUCAGGUUUCACAUGACCCUGGGGAUUGAUGAUUCCCCCCAGGAGAUUCCAUAUCCUGCCUUGAGGUGGAGAUGGCAGACAGUGACAUCCUACCCAUGGAAGCAAGAGGCUCAUAUUAAUGAGCUUGAGUUGAACGCCCUGGUGGUCAUGUCCAAGCACCGAGGGCGCAGCGUGGAUAAGUUUCACACCCGCUGGCUGCACGUUUUGGAUAGCAUGGUCUCUCGAGGCGCAGUAGCAAAAGGUCGAUCCUCCAGCAGAAGGUUGAACAGGGCACUCAAGAAGCACGCGGCGGCAAUGUUGUCACAGAACAGCUACUGCUUCCCUCUGUGGACAGUAAGCCAAUGGAACUUCAGUGACAAGGCCCUUGACAACUUUCUCAAAUUUUCAAAACAAAAGAGUCUCAGAUGUGGUUCGUCCAAGAAGCUGGACCAUGCUAUCAGUGAAUUCAUCAAUCACUCCUAUCAAGAAGGAGAUCCAAUCUCCUAUGCAGGCCAUUUAUUGUCGGCCAUCAAGCGUUUUCACCCUGAAUUCAAACUGAAGCUGCCUCUUUCUUCGCAGCUUUACCGCAACUGGGUUCGCUCUUAUGCCCCAGUGCGCGCUACUCCCGCUUCAUGGGACUUGGUUGAGGCCAUGAUAGGUCAGGCCCUUGCCAGAGACCAGUCGCAGCUUGGUUUGCUAUUGGGGCUGGCAUUUCAUUGCAUGCUCCGAACCAGUGAGAUGCUAUCUCUCACCCAUGCUCAUGUAAUGGUGCAUGAUUCACGCACAUCGCUGAGUGUGGUGCUUCCAAAGGCCAAGACGUCAGCUGGCAACCCACAGGUGUUGCAAGUGGAUGACCAGACUCUCGUGGACAUGGCCAUUGCCACCGUCCGCAAGCGAUCAAGGAGUGCACUGCUCUGGACAGGCAGCCAAAGUGCAUUUCGUGAGACUUUUCAGAGCCUUUUGGAGGGGCUAGGAUUCCCUGCAGGCAGUUACCUACCAUACUCUCUCCGUCGUGGAGGAGCCACAUGGUUUUACCAAGCCACCUUGUCCCUUGACGCAACGGUGAUUAGGGGCCGCUGGAGUUGCAGCAAGACCGCCCGUGGGUACAUUGACUCCGGCACGCUGCAGCUGGCCCAUUUAACAUGGACUGCAAAGCAGGCCAAAACCGUCCAAAAGUGGAGACUGAAAGGAGCUCGGUUGCGGCUUCGCCAGAUGCAAAAAGACGCGGUACUGACUGAGUGA